AUGCUGGACAGGACCCUGAAUUACUGCAGACUCUCAACCUCGCCACCUUCUUAUCACUUCCAUCACAUCCUCUCUUUCCAUCAACACCGACCAAGCUCUCCUCCACUUGCUGGGACAUCUAUACAUAGACUGUGGCACAUUCCUCGCAUUGGACACUGGUUACCAUACGAAACACAUCUCAAAGCGGAAUCUCCUUGGACCCCGCCACGUUUCUACACAAUGCAGACGACAUCCCAACUCUGUCUAGCCUGCUCCUCGACCAUCCCACCGAACGCGAAACCGGCGUCGAUAUUUGUUCAUGGGUGCUGUUCUCGACCCGUAUGCGAAAACUGCGUGGUUUCGAAUCCGAGGUUGAUCACGUUCUGCCCGAUAUGCGAGGAUGCGCACGCUGCGUUUAGAAAGGGUCCGAGGGGAGAUGUGACGCGCAAGGGGGAGGUGGUGUUCGAUUUCGAUUCUGCAACCGGACGUGAAGAACAGGAGGAGCAGGAGGGUGUGGAACCCCCACCGUAUAGCGAAGGAACGGAAGAGGUUGGAGCUGGGAAAUUUGUGAUCGACGCCGGGGAUGAGGAGGGGGAGGUGGUGAAAGAGAAACGACCGGCAUUGUUGACGCGGCAAGCGUCCAAGAGUGUUGCUGAGGCAGAAGUCGAUGUCGCACCGCAAUCAGCUGCCCUCGCUACCAACGAUAUCAGCUCCGACUCCAAUCUCACCGGUAUCCGACGCAAGGUCGACCCGCACAACACGGUAUCCUCCUCCUCGUUCUCCUCGUCCACUCCCUCCUCCGGUUCGACCCGCCAAUACUACCUCCGCAAGACAGAUACCCUGCAAUCGAUCGCAAUUCGCUUCGCCAUCUCGCCCAACGAACUCUGCUUGCUCAACUCACUUCCACGUGCCGUCCUCUCCACGUCGCCGCACCUGCUUCACACACGAUCGUUCAUCCUUCUCCCCUCGCAAGCGGUAGAAAAGCAGCUCACUUCGAACCCGGAUCUGCUUUCGUCCCUGGAAGGUCCACCCCGACGAUCCGCCAGAGAAAAGACGACGGCGGCGAGGAGGACUGCAGAGGCGAAAUUCAGAGCUAGUCUGGCGAAGAGUACAGGGGAGACGCCGGCGGACGAAAGAGCUGCGAGGGCGUACAUCGGGCUGGCGGAGGAUGAGAUGAGGUGGGUGGAUUUCGGCGAAGGUGUCGAUGGCGAUGGUGUGCCUAGAGGGUACGAGAGGGAGGGAAAAGGAGGAGAUGGGGAGAUGUGGGAAGCGCAGAUGGACACAGCCAGGAGAUUGAGGUUCGAAGCCAUCCUCAAGCACGCUUUGGGAAAGUGGGAGAUGGACAGCGAUUGGGAGCGUGCUCAGCGAGCGAAAGGAUUGGAUCCCACAGACGUUUCCAAACCUUUGCCUCCUUCGAAUGCUCCAACGCUAACACAGACCGGACACAAAGGAACGGUGGGAAAAUGGUUCUCACGUGCGCUGACAACCCAUGCAGGUGAGCCUUCUCCCACUCCACCGCGAUCCACACCACGCCACACCAUCUCACUCUCGAGUCCCGUCAAAUUGCCCACUCUGCUAUCACAGACUCUGCCCGCACAUAGAUCUCCCAUCAACGUGGUGCGGUACAACUCGACCGGUCGAUACCUGCUCACUGGUUCCUCGGAUCGAAGCGUGAAGCUCUGGAACGCGCAAUCUUCGCAAAACGACACGAGCCCAAUCCAGACGUAUACCGAGCACAACCACGCCGUUCUCGCGAUCGAUGUUUCGGGCGACAACUCGAGGUUUGUUUCGGCAGGAGAGGAUAGGUCGAUCUUCGUAUGGGAUGUUGCCUCUGGUUCGGUGGUAAGAAGGUUCAGUGGACACGUCGGGAAGGUGAACGACGUUCGGUUUGCUGGGAAGGACGCGGAGGGAAGUGUCGUCGUAGCAGGAGGACUGGACGGUGUGGUUCGGGUGUACGACCUACGCGCAGCCAACGAGUGGAGACCGAUCAUGCAACUCACCGAAGCCAAAGACCCCAUCACCACCCUCCACGUCUCGCACGACAAGAUCUACUCCGGUAGCACAGACGGCGUCGUUCGAUGCUACGAUCUACGAGCGGGUCAGUUAAGAUCAGAUACGCUGUCGACGGCGAUCACAAGUGUAGUCGCAUCGAAGUUGGACUCAUCAAUUCUGGUAGCGACGAUGGAUUCGACCGUCAGACUGAUCGACAGCAGGGACGGGACGAUGUUGCAGGAGUACAAGGGACACAAGCACGAGGAGUAUCGAUGUAGGGCGGUCUUCUCCGGUGGGGAGGAGGACGGGGUUGUGGUUGGGGAUGAAGGUGGCGAGCUGGUCGGUUGGGACUUGGUCAGCGGCGAGAGGGUGAGCGUUGGGCAGAAGGGUGGAGAGGGAGGGAAGGCGGUGCUUUGGGUGGAGUUCAACCCGGCCACGGGGGGUGAGAUGGUCAGUGCUGGCGCGGAUGGUAUCGUUCGGAUUUGGAACACAGCUUCGGCUUAA